ACCCACCCACACAAAUAUUAACGUUACUUAACUGAAUCAUCAAAUAUUUGUUAAAGAGAGUCGCAACGUCUGUAUAUUUCCUCACCGUGUAUAUGAUGGUUACAGUGGGUAAAGUGGUCGGUUAGCCCUUAGCUCUGGUUAAUGCCCGCCUGUGCUUUCAAACAGCUGGUUAGUAAAAACGCUGCAGUCAACAAGAGCGGCAGCCGCCUGUAACCUUUCCUCAAUAUCUGAGUUUGAACUAGCAGCCAAGACGAGACGAAGACAGCCUGUGGGCAGCGUUUGGAUCCCACACAUCAAAAUCAACCCGCAAAUAUCAAUCAGGGUUUAAGAUCACGGUGAGCUCCUAUGUGUCUAUAUCAAGAGAUGUCUGGUGCUGCCGUCGGUCGCUUCAUGUACUUCGCUUUCGGAAGCAACUUAUUGAAGGAGAGACUGCAGCUGGCAAACCCCUCGGCGACAUUUUACUCCACCGGCCGACUGAAGGACUAUGAGUUGAACUUCGGCCUCUGGGAGAAAAAUGCACACACCACUUGGCAUGGCGGCGUGGCCACCAUUGAGUCCCAUCCAGGGGAAGAAGUGUGGGGGGUAGUCUGGACUUUGAGCGACGAAAACCUCACAAGCCUAGACAACCAGGAAGGUGUGAGCACGGGGAAGUAUUCUCCUCUUGAGGUUUCAGUGGAGACCGAUAAAGGACCGAUGCUCUGCAGGACUUAUCAGAUGAACAAUUUCCAUGCCUGUCCUCCCUCUCCACAAUACAAACAGGUGGUGUGUCUGGGUGCAGAGCAGAACGGACUCCCAGUGGGGUACCUGAAGAGGCUGGAGGCCAUUCAAACCAACGACUACAGUGGCCCCUCAAUCCUCGAUCAAAUCAGAAUGAAGUAGAGACUGAAAGUUCACAUUACUGACUUUGGAAACAUCAGUUGACGAAACAACCUCACCACAGGGUCCAUUUAGUCGUUGUUCAAAAUACAUGAAGAGCGAGAAAUAGCUACUAAGUUGACCUUUGGGUGGUUACCUUGUGCAGUUUCUGGGGCUUCAACCACAUUUCUGUCAGUUAUUACUUUAAUCAGUAGUAUUAUAGUAUGAUUACAAUGAAAUGGUACUAAUGUAAUGGUAAUGAAGACUGAGACUCAGUUAACAGAAAGUGGAAAAACGAACUAGGUAGUUAAGACAGUAAAUUGGCACCACUGUGUGGCCCGAAGUGAAUAAGGCAUGCAUUUGAUAAUGAGACAUUUAAAUGGGCUCAACACAUCCCUGAUCUUUUAUUUUGAGCUGCUAUUAAGGAAGUAAUUUGAGAAAUACGUUGACUGAUAAAUUUCAGCUGAAGACUAAAUGUGGCUGGUAGAAAAUUGUUUAAUUCCAUUAUUUCUCAGGGGAAUAUUAAACACUAAUGGAACUUUUAUUGUGACAUUAUCUUCUAUUCCUGCUGAUAAAAGGAAGAAAAGGUGGCCAGAAGUCUUUUCAGUUACACAUGAAAGAAAUGAAAUACCUUGAAGUGCUUUCACACAGCUUGAUUUAAAGUUAAAUUCUUUAUUAUGAAAUGAAAAAUAAAAAUGAAUCAUUUACGUAAAAGGAAA